ACGAUGGUGAUGAAGAUGAGGAUGAGGAGGCGCCAGGCUGCAGCUGUGAAACUCACUCAUCACGCACAUGGACGUGCGGCAGCGGCGGUGACGGACUGGGCCGCGGCAGUCGGUCGGAUGGAGGAGCGUGCGCGCGCGUGUGCGCGUCUGUUUCGAGGCAUCGAUGCCGUUUAAUCUGGACUUCAGUUGGUAUAAUGAUCAGGAAGGAGGAGGGGGGCGGAGGAGGAGGAGGAGGUGCUGCUGCUGUCACCCACCGCCACCUCCGUCAGCGCCCCGCCUGUGAGGAAGAGGAGCCGCUCGGCUGCCGACGGAGUCAGUUGUCUGUGGAGGAGGAAAAGGCAGGAGGAGAAGGGGCUGUUAAAGGCCGCAGUUGCGGAGAUUCAUGUUCGGAUGAGACGCAGAAUUUCAGCGCGGACGCGGAUUCUGCUGCGGAGGACGCGGCAGAGGCGGCAGAGGCGGCAGAGGCGAGCAGUGCGUCCCACCAAAUGCAAGUGAUUCGUCCACACUGCAGCAACAGCGACACCUGCAGCCCAACUCCCAGCUGCAGAAUUUGCUUCCAGGGCGCCGAACAGGGGGCGCUGUUGAACCCAUGCCGAUGCGAUGGCUCUGUGCGGUACACACAUCAACACUGCCUACUGAAGUGGAUCAGUGAGCGUGGCAGCUGGACCUGUGAGCUCUGCUGCUACCGCUUCCAGGUCAUCGCCGUCAACAUGAAGAGGCCGUGGCAGUGGCAGUCCAUCAGCAUCACUCUGGUGGAGAAGGUCCAGAUCAUCGCCGUCUUCCUGGGUUCUCUCUUCCUGGUCUCCAGCGUCUCCUGGCUGCUCUGGUCUGCCCUCAGCCCUCAGGCCGUGUGGCAGCGCCGCGACGUUCUCUUCCAGAUCUGCUACGGCAUGUACGGCUUCAUGGACCUGGUGUGUGUAGGUCUGAUCGUCCACGAGGGGGCAGCAGUGUACAAUGUCUUCUUGCGCUGGAGAGCCGUCAAUCUGCACUGGGACGUCCAGAGCUAUGACAAGACCUCAGACCUGGAGGACCUGAGUACAGGACGCCCCCUGCUGGGACCCAGGACGCUGUGGCUCCCCCUGGACACCCUGAGCCACCCAGGACCCCUGGACUCC